AUGUGCGGUGAGCUGUUGCUCCUGGCGCCCCCACCACCGCACACCUUGCCACGUCUUGACUUAUCACGAAACAGGAUCGAAGGUUUGGAGGACGAGGAUUUAGUGAGAUUAGAGGCGAUUGGCCACGUGGACUUGUCAGGAAAUCCUUGGCGUUGCAACAAAUGUUACGUUGGGACGAUGUUUGUUUGGAUGGCGACUACCGUCCUGAACGGUACCAUCCGUCAUCUAACUUGCAACACGCCUCUGCGGCUGCGCGGGGUACCAUUUUCGGCGUUGACCCUCAAAGAUUUAGAUUCAUGUUUUACUGGUUCCGAAGUUCAGAUGCGCGUGUUAGCGGGUUUGCUACUAAUUAGCUUUGCGUUGUUCACGGCUAUCGCGGUGGCUAUGUGCCGUACGCGCCGUCGGGCCGCUAACUACUACACGAACGAGGAACAAGCG